GGCGGGGCGCCGCUGCCAGAGCACCAGCAUGGACGCCGAGGCCGCCCGGGGAGCCGCAGUGGGCAGCUACCCAGUAGAUAUUCUGGAAGAUGACCCAGAAGGGUUGCUGGAAGCAGCCCUGGCUUACUAUGCCACACUUGGGGACGGAGCUGGUCCCUCACAAGAGGUUUUCUCACUUCCCUCUGGGGAACAGGUUAAACUUGAAGCUUCGUCUGUUUGCUUUUGCACUGUACACCGUGAUGAACCUCAGCAUAAGAUACUGGUUUUAGUUAAUCCGCAGGACACAAAGACAGUUGUGGCUGUGUACAUAAAGGGAUCCUGGUGGCCCACUGAAGAUGUGUUGAGGACCUCUGAUCCUGCAAGAGAGGGUCUGAUGAAGGUUCAGUCAUUUGGGGAAAGGAUUAUACUUUUUAUUCUAAAUGUCAUUAUUUUUGGAAGAUUGGAGAGAAAUCUGGAUGCCGAUGACAUGUUUUUUUUACCUCACUCUGUGAAGGAGCAAGCUAAAAUUUUGUGGAGAAAUGGAGCGGCUGUUGGAUUUUACACAACUAAAACGAAAGGCAGCCUGUGUGGCAACGGUAGCGCAGCGCGCUAUGUGCUGCCGGUCUUCGAUACCGUCUUCGUCCGGCGGCAGCACCGUCGCCAAGGUCUGGGGAUGGCCCUGCUGCAGGACUUCUGUGAGACCUUCCGAGAGGACGAGGCCCUGGGAGUCAGUUGGCCCAUUUCUUCCGCCAUGUUCCAAGUCUGUAGGAAGUUCCUGCUGGCCUGUCCGGAGGAGCGGGGGCGUCUGUGGGAGGUAGAGCCCCCGGGAGCCUGGGGCCAGCGAGUCAACAUCUGGCUCAAGAUUCAGCUUCAGCAGUGCCGACUUCCAGAAUCACAGCCAGGUCACUCAGAGGACGGGAGCGACGGUGGGCGGAGCUCUCAGGACGAUGGACCCGGACUACCUGGUGAUGGAGAAGGCAGCAAGGGGAGGAUUCUUGGAGAAGAAAUGGAAAACACGAAGAAUGACCAAGAUGGUGGAGCGAAGAAGGAAGAGGGGAGGCAGGGCCUGUGAGGCCCACGGAGGCCUGCCAGGGGCCCUGUCAGGCAUAGCUGGGGAGAAAGGAGGCCAAGAGGACAGCAGAGGAGGCUGAGCCAGUGGGAGAGAUGGGGUGGGAGUGCAUACAGUCCAGCUCUUAGUCCUCCAGGGGGAGAUCUGGGCUGUGUUGGGAGGCCUGUCCUGAGCUCUAGGGUGUCAGGCUUGGGGGCCACCUCUGUCACCCUCACUUUGUGACUGUGAACCAGCCUCACAUCCUUGCUGUGCCUUCUUUGUGAUCUGUGAGGAGACAGUGACCACACAGGCUGUGUCACCUCACCUGCUUUUGUGUGAGCUCAGGUAAGAGAACGCCUGAGAAAGUGCUUUGUUAAGCACAGAGAGCUAUACAGGUGUAAGCAAUUAUGCUCCAGAGCUGAUCGUUGGCAGUUCCAACAGGCUUCAGAAGCUCCUUCAUUAAAGCUCAUAUGGCUUCUAUUACUUAGGAUAAAUCCACGAACACUGCACUGGGACUACGCGAAUGUCAUUCUAAAUAUAUCUCUUUCCUUUGUAUAAGUAAGUGCGGAGAGAAGCACCACGCCUCUUUCAUUUGACCAGGGAAUCCCGUUUCAGGGUGGCACAAGCCAACCCUGUAUAACUGUGAUAGCACAGGCACCAGAGAGGUGUCUGUGGGGACACUUUCCUUGACCAGCAAGCUCCAGCUAGCCUCAGACUCUGACGGGAGCUUCCCGAGGGUCAGGGCCGGAUGGAGCCCCAAGUGUGCCUCACACUCCUCUGACCUGGUAUGUAGGAAGCACUCAGUGUGUGCUCCAGGCUGGCUCUAGGAUCUCAGCCAUCACCUAAUUUAGAUGGGAAGUCACUGGAUGCGAAUUUGGUUGGUGGUCCUUCUAGCAUAUUGGUGGCCAUGAGUGGAAAAGCUUAUGCUAAUAAAUGUAAGUAAAAACCAUAGCAUGCCUUGAAUGCGACAUCUGGUCUACCCCUUCUCAGAUACAUACAGAGCUAUGCUUGGCGCUGCCUCUGGGAAUGUAGAGCUGAAAAGACAAAGAUCCUGCACUCCAGCCCCAUUGUUGACAGGCAAGGCUUAUCUCCCUCAGUGCUGAGGUAGAGCUCACACUGCUUUGUGUAAGGAGUUGGAGUGUUCCCCACCUCCAAACAAGGGGUGGUGCUUUCUCUGGAAUUGGGCCCAGCCUCACUAGUGUUCAGAAAAAUUAUUCCUCGAGAAAACUGUUCAGAUCUCUUGAGACAGGCAACUCUCUCCCUCUCUCCUAUCCAUGUAUCUAUCCAUCCCCCCAUCUCUUUACUCAUUCAUCCAUCCAGCAUCCAUCCAUCCAUCCAUCCAUCCAUCCAUCCAUCCAUCCAUCCAUCCAUCCAUCCAUCCAUCCAUCCAUCCAUCCAUCCAUCCAUCCACAUCUGUCCAUCUUCCUAUCUGUUUAUUUCCCCAUCCAUCUAUUCAUCUCCCCAACUUUUCCUCAUCCACUGUUCACUCACUCUGUGCUGGGCACUGGGGAUAGAUAAGUAAGGUGUGGUUGCUGGCCUCAGGGAAACUGUUCUCUCUGGAGGGGCUUCUUCUGGAGUGUUCCACUGGAGUUUUUGUCUCAUUUCCAUCCAUUACAAAAAGGGAAGUGUCCAGUUCGAUAGAAAUACAAUUAGAGAGCUCCAUGUGGUGAAGUCACGCAGUCCCCCUGUGCAUGUGGGUGGGCUGUGAAGGAGGCAGAGGGGGACUGACGUCUGCAGCUGAGAGGGUGCUCUGAGUAUCAUGUCAGACGUGACUUUUAGCACGUAACGUAGGUGUGCACUGUGAACGUUGUACUAUUUGAGAUGAAUAGUUGGUCCUUUGUCUUUACAUGAAAAUUAACUGAUGAAAGUAUCUCAGGUUUGAUGAAGGUAAUGCUCAAUAAAAAAGUCCUCCCAAGGAAGAAAGCCUGAUGUGCUGGUGGAAGCUCGGCCAGGGCAUAAAAACCAACCACUCAGAGUCCGAAGGAAAUAGUCCGGAGCUCAGAGCAAGCCCUCCUCCAGCAAUAGCACACCCUGUGUCGGGUCUGAGGCUGUGUUCAGGGCACCCUUCCAUGCAAUGUGACAGGGAAUGGGGGGUGAGGUGUGUGUUCAUGUGUGUGUAUGUGUCACUUCAUUAAAUCAGUUUUGUUUAUUAUUUAGUUCCUCUAUGUUCUUGCCUAUUCGAUUUUUAAUAACUCUAUCGAGAUGAAAUUUACAAACCUUAAAACUUAUCCAUUUAAAGUAUAUAAUUUAAUGGCUUUUAGUAUAUUUUCAAAGUAUCCAACCAUUAUCGCAAUCAAUACCCCCAAAGAAACUCUGUACCCAUUAGCAGCCACUCCCUUCCUCUCGCCCCUGGCAACCGGUAAUUUACUUUCUGUCUCUAUGGAUUUGCAUAUUCUGGACAUGCCAUAGAAAUGAAAUCAUGUGAUAUGUGGUCUUUUGCAUUUGGCUUCUUUCACUCAGCAUGAUGUUUUCAAAGGUUCAUUCAUGUUGCAGCAUGUAUCAGGACUACUUUCCUUUUUUAUGACUCAGUAAUAUUCCAUUGUAUGGAAAACACAUUUUGUUUAGUUAGUGGAUACUUGGAUUGAUGCUGGUUUUUGCCUAUUAGUAAUAACACUGCUAUGAACAUCUGUGCACAAGUUUUUGUGAGGACCUAUGUUUUCAUUUCUUUUGUUCGUAUACCUAGGAGUGGAAUUUCUGGGUUGUGUGAUUUCUUAGUCAUCUGGUGCUGCUGUAACAGAAAUAGCACAAGUGGAUGGCCUUAACAAAGAGAAGUUUAUUCUCUCACAGUCUAGUAGGCUAGAAGUCCGAAUUCAGGGCGUCAGCUUCAGGGGAAGCCUUUCUCUCUCUGUUGGAGCUGGAAGAAGGCCCUUGUCAUCAGUCUUCGCUUGGUCUGGGAGCAUCUCAGGGCAGGAACCUCAGGCCCAAAGGAUACGCUGUGCUCCAAAAACCGUUGCCGUCGAGUCGAUUCCAACUCAUAGCGACCCUACAGGACAGAGUAGAACUGCCCCAUAGAGUUUCCAAGGAGUGCCUGCUGGAUUUGAAUUGCCGACAUCUUGGUUAGCAGCCGUAGCACUUAACCACUACGCCACCAGGGUUUCCAUGCUGUGCACCAGGCGCUGCUUUCUUGGUGGUAUGAGGUCCAUUUUCCUUUUUAUCUCUUGAGAGAGAAAAGGUGGUGCAGGCCCCGCCCCAGGGAAAUUCCCUUUGCAUUAGAUCAGGGGUGUGACCUGGGUAAAGGUGUUACAAUCCCACCCUAAUCGUCUUUAACAUAAAAUUGCAAUCACAAAAUGGAGGACAAUCACACAAUACUGGGAAUCAUGGCCUAACCAAGUUGAUACAUGCUUUGGGGGGACACUAUUCAAUCCAUGAUAUGUGGUAACUCUGUGCUUAACAUUUUGAGAAAAUGUUAAAUUAUUUUACAAAGCGAAUGUACCGUUUUACAUUCCUUCUAGCAACGUAUGAGGGUUCUAAUUUCUGCCCAUACCAGAUAACAUUUGUUAUUGUCUCUCUUUCUGGUUAUAGCCAUUCUAGUGGGUGUGAGGUGAUACCUCAUUGUGUAUGUGUUUUUAAAUAGUAUUUUAUUGUGUUUUCUGUGAAGGUGAUAUUGGUUACAUUCUUCACAAUUCGUAAACAUUCUCAUUAUUUCCCUUCUGGUUCUUCCAUUUCCAUUAAUCUAGUUUUCCUGCCCUCUUACAUUCUUAUCUUUGUUUUAUAGUAAUUGUUGAUCAUUUGGUCUUAUAUACAUAAUUUUUUAAAGGAGCGCAGUACCUUUGGGUGAUAUUCUUUAUUUUGUGAGCCAAUCUGUUAUUUAGCUACAAGGUGACCUCAGGGGUUGGUUUCAGUUCAAGGUCUAAAGAGCGUCUCAGGGCAAUAGUCAUUAUCUAGUUCUGGUCUCAGGGUAGACAAGGCCAUGGUUUGUGUAGAUUGCUAGUCCUGUAGACUAGUUUCUUCUCUGAGUCUUUGGUUUCCUUCUUUCUCUUUUGUCCUGGAUGAGUCUAGACUAACAGUUGUAUCUUAAAUGGCUGCUCUCAAGUUUUUUUUUUUUAUUAAUUUUUAUUGAGGUUCAAGUGAAUGUUUACAAAUCAAGUCAGUCUGUCACAUAUAAGUUUAUAUACACCUUACUCCAUACUCCCACUUUCUCUCCCCCUAAUGAGUCAGUCCUUCCAGUCUCUCCUUUCGUGACAAUUUUGCCAGCUUCCAACCUUCUCUACCCUCCCAUCCCCCCUCCAGACAGGAGAUACCAACACAGUCUCAACUGCCCACCUGAUACAAAUAGCUCACUCUUCAUCAGCAUCUCUCUCCUACCCACUGUCCAGUCCCUUCCACGUCUGAUGAGUUGUCUUUGGGAAUGGUUCCUGUCCUGGGUCAACAGAAGGUUUGGGGACCGUGACUGCCGGGAUUCCUCUAUUCUCCUUCAGACCAUUAAGUAUGGUCUUUUUGUGAGAAUUUGGGGUCUGCAUCCCACUGAUCUCCUGCUCCCUCAGGGGUUCUCUGUCGCGCUCCCUGUCAGGGCAGUCAUCGGUUGUGGCCGGGCACCAACUAGUU